ACUCACAUUCCAAUCGUAGGAGCACAGGUUCGAACGAUUGAGACCUCUGUUCUUUGGUAAUGGUGGGGUUCCGUGCAUUGCCGGUGUUGGCUAAGGGUUCUUCCGCAACAAUACCGCAAUUCCGCGGCGUCGGAAACCCAUUCCGCAUUCCGAAUAAUUUCUAUUAGAGAUAGCCAGGCAACACAGAAAUCAGCGACGAGAUCUGUGUUGCAACUCAGACGCAUUUUCCAGUUCAUCUCGUCUCAUCCGUUCAUCAUGGCAAAGUCAAUCCUCCUCAUCAAUGGACCAAACCUCAAUCUCCUCGGAACCCGGGAGCCCACCGUUUACGGCAGCACAACACUACCCCAAGUAACCGAAUCCGCCCAAAAACAAUGCUCAGCGCGAUCCAUAUACCUCGAAAGCAUACAAUCGAACCACGAAGGUGUGCUGAUUGACCGAAUCCAUGAAGCGCGGGGGAACAUAGAUGCGAUUGUGAUCAACCCCGGUGCGUUGACCCAUACGAGUGUCGCGCUGCGAGAUGCACUCCUGGCGGUGGAGAUCCCUUUCGUCGAAGUGCAUAUCAGCAACAUCCAUAAGAGGGAGGCUUUCCGACACCAUAGCUAUCUGAGCGAUAAAGCCGAGGCGAUAAUUUGCGGGUUGGGCGUGUAUGGAUAUGAGGCGGCGAUUGAAUAUGCAGUUCGAUAUAUAAAGCCGAAGGAGAAAGCGCAAUUGUAAUGUUCGCCCCCUGGUGGCUGCCAUGUGCGAAGAGAGGGCUGAUGGGG